AUGAAUGCUCAACAAUCGUUGAUUGAAAUGGGGAUCACCCCUGAAGUUGCUCAAAGAGCUUUACAACAAACUCAUGGUAAUCUCGAAGCUGCCGUGAACUAUAUCUUUAGUGGUGAAGUGUCAGAUGAUCAGCCCGUAAAUCAACCUCAGAGUGCCCCCAUGCCGGGGUUUGCACCAGGCUCUCUAAGUGGAGUCAUGACGAAUCAAAUAGAUGAUGACGAGGAUGAUGAUAGUUCAUCGAGUGAACGUGAGCUCUCUCCACCACUACCUCCAAGGGAUUCACCUGGUUUUUCAGGAAUGAGUGAAGGUGUAGAAAUAGAAAUCCAGUCGCCAAAGAAAUCUCUGGUCACCGAUCCAACUGUUGUAAUACCGUUACCACACUCUUUAUUUGAAAAUUAUUUUGCACUUUUUUCGCUUUCGAUGUGUCAGUAUUUACCACAUUUAAUGGCGAAACCCGAAUUAGGUGAUUUGAUGUACAAUCCUAAAUGGGCACAGGGCUCCUCGGAUCCAUCGACUUCUUUUAUCCAACAGCUACAAAGAUUGUGCAGUGUUGUGAAUGCGUCUUUCUCUGAUCGUUGUUACGUAUCCGCUAAAUUAUUUGCCGCUGUACUAGAUGCGCCCUUGAAAAGAAAACUGGCCGAAGCUGAACACUUACACGAAGUUUUGCCUUCAUUUAUUAGAUCGCUAAUUCAUGCUCUGGAGGAAUGUGGUUGCUAUGCGGAGGACCAAAUUAGAUCGCUUUUCGUCUCGUCAGCAUUAUCAUCAGAAUGUAAAUCUCUACUAUCAGUGUUACAGUUUAUGCCAGAAGAAUAUGAAUCAAGCCUUUACGCUAUGUUUAAUGCAUUACUAUACCCGGAAUUAGAAGAAGGUGAAGAAAGUGGGAAUUCGCUUUUGGAUUUAGCACCUGUUCUAACGAUUGUGUUUGAUGAAAUGGAUGCAGAUACCGAAGUAACCUCUAAUAGAGGUGUAGAUGUACCGCUAGAAUUUUACCCACAACUAUACACUAAAAGUGUCAAAGAUGCGAUAGUGCGCCCCUUACAACAACAACGCAAAGCGGCUCAGGAGAGAUCAAGACAAGUUUUAGCGGAAAUGAACGGUUUAAAGAGUUAUCAAGGUAAGGAUACUUUGAAAUUUAUCAACAGCACUCUAGACUAUCUACAGCGUGAUAAUCAAUCGAAGGAAAUUAUCGAUAAACUGGAAUCGUUAAAGAAUUCUAUUGCUGACCAUAAGACUCAACGAAAGAAUGAAUACAAGGAACUGUCACAGAAGUUACAUGGAGAAUGGAAUCUUUCACAUCCUACAUAUCUGAUCAAUGAAGCUAUGGAGAGGGGUUUAAUUGAUGAACCAUACCUGUUGGCAAUGGUAGUUCUUUCACCUGGUCAUUACUUACAGAGAUCUCGCUCAGGCCAGUGGAAAAUGAUUCGUACAGAUUCAAACAUGAUAAGGAUUUCAGAUUGUGCUCCAAGUCAAGUACAGGCCACCAUUCGUCAACAUACAACGUUCCCCUCCAAGACACCACUAAUGCUGUUGUACGUCAAAAGUUCACAUGUUUCAGUGGAUACUAUUGUUUCUAAAAGCCUCGAAUCUAACGAGGGCAUCACCAACUUUUUACGCAUCGAUCAAGAGGAACUAAAUAAAGAAUAA